CAAUUCUCAAUCCAAAUCCUCGAUCCGCGGCUUAUCCAAGCUCCUAUUCUCAACCGUAGAUGAGCCUUUAAUCUAUCCGCCCAAAUUCAAAAUUUCGUAAAACGCGUAUCGAUCCGCGUCAUGUCCUUUCAACCAAUGAACUUUCGCCAUUUCUUCUAUUUAUUCCUGACCCUUUUAACCGUCGUCCCGCAUUCAAAUCUCAAUUGCCUGAAUUUUCUCUGAACGCUGAUCGUUAAUCGCCGAGUUGAAUCAUGUCCUCCGCCGCAGACCCAGUCGUAAACGCCAGCACGGCGAAGAAAGCUAAGGACUCGAAGGCUAAGAAGCCGGCGGCCUCAAGGAAGGCUAAAUCUUCUUCUCAUCCUCCGUUUCUCCAGAUGAUUACUGAUGCGAUUGUGGCGUUGAAGGAGAGAACUGGAUCUAGCCAAUACGCAAUCACGAAGUUCAUCGAAGAGAAACAUAAGCAGUUACCGUCCAAUUUCAGAAAGCUUUUGCUUGUUCAUUUGAAGAAAUCGGUGGCUUCUGGAAAACUCGUCAAGGUGAAGGCCUCCUUCAAGCUUCCUCCUGUGGCAGCGAAGAAGCCAGUUGAGGCAAAGCCUAAGCCGAAGACCGCUAAAGAAGCAGCAAAACCUAAGCCGAAAGCAAAGGAUGCUGCCAAGCCAAAGGCUAAAGCCGCCGCAAAGUCAAAAGCUGUAACUAAGCCUAAAGUCGCGCCUAAGCGGAAAGCAGCUACACCUGUAAAACCGGCUAAGGUGGCGAAGACUGCGGCUAAGGCUUCUCCGGGGAAGAAAGUAACCGCUGCUGCAAAGCCAAAGAAGGCAGCAGCCAAGACGGUGAAGAAGCCGAAGGCCAAGAGUGUGAAAUCGCCUGUUAAGAAAGUGCAGCCUAAGAAGGCGAAGAAGUGAAAGGAGGAAAACUGGUUUGCAGAGGGGUAGUUUCUGUAAAUUUGAGGGUGAUUGAAGGGUAUCUUAGGAAGUAGGAUGGUAUAGAUAUGACUUGUAAUUUCUUCGAAUUUUUAGGCCUUUUUUUUGUUUUUUUCUUCCAAUCAUAUUAUAGUAUGUAAAAGUGCUGGUAUUGAUAUGAAAU